AUGCAAGCAUCUCCCGAAAAGGCCCGCGCCGCCCUCGCCGGCGGCGAACCUCCCCGCCGCGCCAACUUCUCUAUCACACGCCCCCGCGCCGCCCGCGACCCCGUCGAGGAGCCCGACUUCAUCUCCCUCGUCGACCAGCCGCCCCAGCUCGUCCGCUCCGGCCGGAAGCACGGCAUCGGCCUCCUCUUCCUCGCCCUCAUCCCCGUGACCGCCUUCGCCCUCGGCACCUGGCAGGUCAAGCGCCUCCAGUGGAAGACGGAUCUGCUCGCCCGCCUCGAAGACCGCCUCAUUCGCGACCCCUUACCCUUGCCCCCGCGCAUCGACCCUUCUGCCGUCCCCGACUUCGACUACCGGAGAGUUUACGCCAAGGGCCACUUCCGCCACGAUCAGGAGAUGCUCAUCGGCCCGCGCAUGAGGGAAGGAGAGCAAGGGUACGAGGGGUUGGAUAGCAAAGAGGUUCGCCAACCAGAAGACCAGGAAAGAUGCUCUCCCCUGGGCGAGGUUACGGUUGAGGGCCUGCUGCGGGAGCCGUGGAAGAAGAACAUGUUCACUCCCGACAAUCGUCCAGACAAGAAGGAGUUCUACUUUCCCGACGUCAAGCAGAUGGCUGAGCUCGUUGGCAGCCAGCCUAUUUGGGUAGAGGCUACACUAAUACCCGAAUACCUCAAGAUGGCAGACUACGAGUCUCGCGGCGUGCCUAUCGGACGACCUCCGGUUGUAGGAUUACGAAAUAACCAUGCCCAAUAUAUAUUUACCUGGUACAGUCUUUGCAUAGCAACAUCAAUCAUGCUGUAUAUGGUGGCUAAAAAACCGUCCUCGGACAUUACGAGACGGGUGCGAAUGAGUAAAAACUGGUAG